CCUGCCCUUAUAAGGGACACACACCUGAGGCUGCAGGCUGCAGCUGGAGCAGCGCUGAACCUCUUGCCGCUCUCUACUUAAGGACAGAUGGAUCUGACACCGGAGCGCAUCAACAGCGGCACAUUUUGACUUUUCUCCAUCCCAUAAAAACGGGUCAAUUUGCCUCCGUUAUUAUUGUUAUCCUCCUUCUCUGUUACUGAUCACAAUUCCAAUGGAUAUCUACACCUCCACUUUGUCACCAGCGCUGGAUAUCGGCGCAGGUUGUUAUCUGCUGGUUGUAGAUGACAUAAGACGUGGAUUGUAACCAUAGACUAAACAGUCAGAGGCAGGCAAGACCAACCAGGACAGACGUCUUAUAUGCUGUUUUCUCCAUCGUGGGAAACCUGCUGGUCAUCAUCAUGGCAGUUAAAAGGUCAUCAAGGAUGAAACCACCGGAGCUGCUGAGCGUGAAUCUGGCAGUGACAGACCUGGGAGCAGCUGUUACCAUGUACCCUCUGUCUGUGGCCUCUGCCUGGAGCCACCGCUGGCUCGGGGGAGAUGUUAGCUGUAUAUAUUAUGGCCUGGCAGGGUUCUUCUUCGGCAUCGCCAGCAUCAUGAACCUGACUAUCUUGGCCAUAGUGCGCUUCAUUGUGUCCCUCAAUCUGCAGUCUCCCAAUGAGAAAGUCACCUGGAAGAAGGUGAAGAUGCUGUGCAUGUGGAUCUGGAUGUACGCUCUGAUCUGGGCUCUGUUCCCCAUUCUGGGCUGGGGACGGUACGGCCCGGAGCCCUUCGGCCUGUCCUGCUCUCUUGCCUGGGGACAAAUGAAGCAUGAGGGCUUGUCUUCUUUUGUCAUCUCCAUGUUCUCCUUCAACCUCGUCAUACCUUCUGUCAUCAUCAUCUACUGCUACUUUGGCAUCGCCAUCAAGCUCUAUUUCACCUACAAAAAGUCGAUGAACAACAGCAACCGAGCCCUCAAUAUUGUCAAGCUUCACCGAAGGCUGUUAAUAAUCGCUGUGCUGAUCAGCAUAGGCUUCAUAGGCUGCUGGGUGCCCUAUAGCCUGGUAAGCCUGUGGUCUAUUUUCUGUGACAGUAGCACCAUCCCACCUGAAGUCAGUCUCCUGCCGUGCAUGUUUGCAAAGAGCUCCACGGUAUACAAUCCUAUAAUCUACUACAUCUUCAGCCAGAGCUUCAGAAGAGAGGUAAAGCAGCUCUGCUGGUUGUGCCUAGGCUUUAAUCCAUGCCACGUCUCCAACAGCAUCAAUGACAACAGCAUUUAUAUGGUUAGUGUUGACAUCAAGUCCAGAGUGGAAGCACGUUCUACUUUGCACGAGAUCACAGAGUCAAAGAUAGUGUCUUUGGGUUGAAAGACUUUUUUGGGAUAUGCUUGAAAAGAAAGACUUUACUUUUCAACUUUACUUUUUUUGUGCUGUUAACUGUGGAAAAAUGAGUGGUCUCAUAAUGUUAUCUCACAAACAUUAUCAGGACAGAAAAUACCUGUUUUGUAUUUUUUCCAGUACAACUAGUGUGUGCUAUUAGAACACAACAAGCAGGGUAAUACUGGCCUCUUUUGUGACUGGGCAGAAUGAAUGAGAGGGCGUGUUUGCACUAUAUUUAAAUUGCUGUGAAAGAUUGGCCAACUAAGCUAUAGACAAGAGUUAACUCUAUGCUUACAGGUGGCAUUUUAACACAAUCGCAUACAUUACAAAUGUACACAAACCAAAGGUUGUACAGCAGAAUAUGACAAAAACCUUAUUUUGAGCAACAACAAAAAAAGAAGAGAUGUUUACUUUAAUGCUUCAGGUUCAGUCAUAGAUACACUAAAUCAGUAUUUUCCAGAAAAAAAAAAGACAAUUUCAGGUUAAGUGCUGUAUGUGCUAAAUGUUUUAAUGAAGUUUUCGUGUUUCAUAAGUCUGCCUCUAAAAAUGUUAAUAAAAUAAAUAUUGUCCUGUCUAAUGGAAAUAUGUUAACUUCAUUUUUAGCAGCAAUCUGCAUGUUUUUUAGGGUGAGGAAUGUGACUGGCUAUUAUAUUUGAAAGAUUCAGAGUAGUCAUUAUUUUAUCUUUUUAUUACCAACAAAUUUGGACCAAAACCAAACAUAGAAUUUAUUCUACUAACAAGUAUUCACAUGUUCAGCCACGAGCAUAUAGCAUCUCCAGCGAAUAACUGCUGCAAGGGUCACAGUCUCUAACAAGUACAUAUUGCUCAAACCUCAAAUCAAGCCAAUUACUGCAAUUUUGUCAGUCAAAACGGUGUCAAAAUAAAUUAUCCUCCCAAUUUUCAUAAACUCUCACCAGUUAGGUGUGAGAUAUUAACAUUCAGUUAAAAAAGUUGACCUCUACCGUACCAGGCUUUACUGAACAUCUCAGAAAAAGGUGCUGCAUUGCACAUAAUUUUAGGACAUGAGUCACAUUUCCAAAGUUCACAUACUUUAUUUAGACCAAAGAGCGCUAAAUCUGAUUCAGUAUCACAAGUAGAAAAAUACUAUUUCUGUUUCAUAAAUUGCGAAGUUGGAUAAGUUAAACAUGAUGCAGAGAGGCAAGAGAAGACAACAAAAGGUCACUUUCAAAAUGAUAAUAUCCAUGGAAAUAAAAGGCAGUGGUAAUUGCUCAUAAGAGGUUUGUUGUGUUGUGAAUUUCUGCCUAUCCAUCUCCACAGCACUGGCACUAAUCACACCCUGCUAGGUAAUUGAAAAUUACACACAAAUUUCACAAAAGAAGCAUUAAAUUUCAAGUAGUUUUUAUAGUGCUGUGGUGUAAUGUUUUAUCUUGGAUGGCAAAAAGAAAUGCUCUGCUCUACUCAUCUCAAGUCAAAGUUUAUAUCACAUGGUACAGUAUUAUGUUUGUUUAGCAUAUCCUAAAGUGAUUAAAUGUAGUGUAUGAUUUAUUGUUUAUCAUUUGUGAGUCUUAAUAUAUUCUAAUUUCUGUCAUAAAUAUUGAAGUACUUCCUAUUAAACUAUAGUAUUGCCCAAGAGUCAGGAAAUUCUGGAAAUUCUGGAAUUUCUAGGAUAUUAAUAACCCUGUUAACAACUGCAAUUCACACAUAAGCAUGAAUUAAUUAUUUCAAAAGGGUAAAGUAAUUUAUUAAAUCACCAUUUAUCCAACUGAAGUGGUUGUGUGUGACAACAAAUAGAUUUUGAGUGAUCCCUUGAAUAAACAAACCUAAACACUGUUUGUGAAGUCCUUUUUUUUUUUCUUUGUGAAGUUACAGGACUGACAGGCAACCUGUGAGAAUUCUAUUAAUAAUUAAAAUCAAAUUUGAUAUACUGAGAAUGCAAUGUUAAUACAA